UUGAGUCGAACGCACGCGUCGCCAGCUCGAGCUCAAUAACGAUAACAACGAUAAAAAGCGAUAGCAGCCAGGCAGACAACGAUUAAAGUAACGCGUGUGUGCAGAAAAUUUAGCAGCUACGCGUUUGUGGAUAAAAAGUCUUUUAUUGUGUGUAACUGUGCAACAACAACAACAACAAUAACUAACAAAAACUAUAACAAAGCAAAUAAACGACAGCGUCUUAGCGCAAAUUUAAACAACUAAAAGGCGCAAGCAAUAAACACCCACAAAAAAGGCCACGCGGCAAUUAAAGCAACAAAAUAAAACCAAACAUAACAGAAAUAUGCUGAUAUCAACCGCAUCCACAGAUUCUGUAAUGACGAUCACAAACAACGAUGGGGGCACACAGUCCAAUAACAGUGCCGCCGCUUGGGGCGCGCCGGCUGCUGGGCCACGCAACACACAGGCGGCGGUUUCAGUGCGACACGCAUUUAAGGCCUACGGCAAGAAGAAGAACGCCAAUCAGGUGUUGAACAAUCUCAAUAUGACAGUGCCCAAGGGCACAAUCUAUGGACUGCUGGGUGCCUCCGGCUGUGGCAAGACGACGCUGCUCUCCUGCAUUGUGGGUCGACGUCGCUUGGACUCUGGCGAGAUUUUUGUGCUGGGCGGCAAACCAGGCACACGUGGAUCCGGCGUACCUGGCAAGCGUGUGGGCUACAUGCCGCAAGAGAUUGCGCUCUAUGGCGAAUUUUCCAUACAAGAGACCAUGAUGUACUUUGGCUGGAUCUUUGGCAUGGAAACCAAAGAGAUACUCGAGCGCUUGCAAUUCCUGCUCAACUUUUUGGACUUGCCUUCCAAAAAGCGUUUGGUCAAGAAUCUCAGCGGUGGUCAGCAGCGCCGUGUAAGCUUUGCUGUGGCCCUUAUGCACGAUCCAGAGCUGCUUAUUCUGGAUGAGCCAACAGUGGGAGUGGAUCCAUUGCUACGUCAGAGCAUCUGGAAUCAUUUGGUGCACAUUACCAAGGCGGGACAAAAGACAGUUAUCAUAACAACACAUUACAUAGAGGAGGCCAGACAGGCGCACACUAUUGGUCUAAUGCGCUCCGGACACUUGCUGGCCGAGGAGUCGCCCAGCGUGCUGCUGUCUAUAUAUAAGUGCAUCAGCCUGGAGGAAGUGUUUCUCAAGCUGUCGCGCAUACAAAGCCAAAAGGGUGAUGUGACCCAUGUUAACUUCAGUAAUAAUAUAUCCUUGCAUGCCAUGGCUUUUGGCAGUAAAAUGGACAAGCCCAGCUCCAGUAAUGAAGGCGGUGUCGUAGGUCUUAACUUUCACCAGAGCAAGGAAGUGCUGAUCAAUGAUAGUAAUGGCUCCAUUUACACGCUCAAUCAGGAGCCCUACACUGCGCCCCCGGCCAAGCGCAACAGCCCCAACGAUGAGGAGAGCUGUCAGGACUGCUUUGCUAAUCUAUGCAAAAUGACCUCGAAGGGCAAAAUACGCGCUUUGCUGACCAAGAAUAUGCUGCGCAUGUGGCGCAAUGUGGGCGUCAUGCUCUUUAUCUUUGCACUGCCUGUCAUGCAGGUUAUACUCUUCUGUUUGGCCAUUGGACGGGAUCCGCAGGGUCUCAAUCUGGCUAUAGUCAACAACGAAAUGAAUAAUACGGACACUUGCUACUGGGAGGAUGGUUGCCACUUUGCCAAUCUGGGUUGUCGCUAUUUGAAUCAUUUGAACACGAGCGUGGUGAAAACAUACUAUCAGGACAUUGAGGAUGCCAAGGCGGCAGUGCGACGUGGCGAAGCCUGGGGUGCCGUCUACAUAACAGAAAACUUUACGGAUGCAUUUACGGCACGCGCUGCUUUAGGCAAGGAAUCAGAUGAUGAGACCAUUGAGCAGUCUGAGGUUAAGGUCUGGCUGGAUAUGUCCAACCAGCAAAUCGGAGUAAUGCUCAAUCGAGACAUACAGUUGGCUUUUCGAGAUUUCGCCAUGGGUCUACUGGGACAGUGCGGCAAUAAUCCCAAGCUGGGCGAUGUGCCAAUUCAAUUCAGAGAUCCCAUAUAUGGCACCAUGAAUCCAUCAUUUACCGACUUUGUGGCUCCCGGUGUUAUAUUAACCAUUGUCUUCUUCUUGGCCGUGGCUUUGACUUCUUCCGCGCUGAUCAUUGAACGCACUGAGGGCCUUCUGGAUCGCUCUUGGGUUGCUGGCGUUUCACCUGGCGAGAUUCUUUUCUCUCACGUCAUCACACAAUUUGUCGUCAUGUGUGGUCAGACUACGCUGGUGUUGAUUUUCAUGCUUGUCGUCUUUGGUGUUACCAACAAUGGUGAUCUGUUUUGGGUAAUUGUGCUAACGCUGCUGCAGGGCAUGUGCGGCAUGUGCUUUGGAUUCCUCAUCUCCUCCAUCUGUGAGCUGGAACGCAAUGCCAUUCAACUGGCGCUGGGCUCCUUUUAUCCUACACUGCUGCUUUCAGGUGUGAUUUGGCCCAUUGAGGGCAUGCCUGUUGUGCUUAGAUACAUCUCGUUGUGCCUGCCGUUAACGUUGGCCACUUCCUCGCUGCGCUCUAUUUUGACACGUGGCUGGGCGAUACUGGAAUCGGAUGUGUAUAUUGGUUAUCUGAGCACGUUGUCCUGGAUUCUGGGCUUUCUGGUGCUGACGCUGUUAGUGCUGCGCUCUAAGCGCGGUUAAAGCUCCUCUACUUGGCGCCUUAAGUCUUAAAGAAAAAUAAACUAACUUUAAAUGCGUUUAGUCUACACCGCUUUCAGUAGUCAUCUACAUCCUACAUUUUCUUGAACCUAAACAUGUCUGAGGUUCUCGCUCUAUUUCUUUUCCUUACUUUCUAUACUUUAUUCUGCCCAAAAAUAUCAUAAAUUAUUUAAGUCCACACAUGCAACUAUUUCCACUUUUCCUCACCCUUUCUUCUUGCUUUUACUCUAUUUUAAGUUGUGCACAUUUUAGUAGCUUAAUUGUUAAGGUUUAGGUUUGUUACUGAAAUUGUUGUAAAUAUUUAGCACAGCAACGUUUAUCACAAAUGGAAUUCCAAUCCAAAACAAAAAAUCUUCAUAGAUUUGAUUAAUUUCCAAAAAAAAAAAUGAAUUGGGCAAAAAAGCACACAACUAAUUUUAUAUAUUUUCAAUGGACUGUGAUUGUACUUUUUUUGUUUUAAUAUUUCACACAAAAAUUCACAUUGGGGCAAUUCUGAAAGAAGAGACAAAAGCUGAAAUGAUUUAAAAAAUUCAAUGGUUGGGUUUUUUCUUGUACUUUUAGUAUGUAGUUAUAAAUUAAGUAGCUUAAAAGACAUUUUUGUAUGGGUUUAAGUUUUGUAAGUUAAAACAUAAUUAAAUGCAAUAAUGUUAACUACUUAUCAAAAAAAAAAAAAAAAAAAACAACGUAAAUGUGAAUGUUUUAUGCAAGUAGCAUAAAUAUUUCUCAACGAAAACAAAAAGUUAAAAAACCUAAAUUAAAACGCAACGAACAAAACAAAAAGAAAACCAAUGUAAUGUAAGCAGCAGUAAUCAUGUGAAUGCAAUUAUGUAUAAAUAACAAUAAAUGUAAACAAAAAUAUA